ACUCACUGAGAUAAAUGGCUAGUGAGGAUAAUACACGGGGAUUCACCUCGUCCCGUGCUUGUUUCCCCGUGUUUUAAUCCCAGGGUGUGGAGGGGGGAGGGGAAAUCAGAGGUGGAAGAAGGAAUGAGGCAACAGUUGGCUGGGUGGUGAGGGCGGUGGUGGUGGUGGUGGAUAGCAGCUCCUGGCCUCCACUUACACGCCAGCCACUCAGUUCACGAUAAGGAAAUGUGCAUACCUUACCAGCUACCCCAGUUACCGUCACACUGAAGCUGAGAGUUACCCUGAGUGAGGAAGAGAACUGGUGAUGUGAGGCAGCGGCGCCAUGGGAGAGAAGGUGGGCAACGCUGAGGUGCUGGUGGGGGGGUCAGGCGGCACCUGGCACCAAGCUCGGCUGACCCUGGAGGGUGACUUGCUCUUCGUGACCCUCACUGACCUCGAUGACCUGAGUGCCGUACAGGGCUCGGAUGGGGAGGGCGGUCCCACAGAGGUGCCAGAGCCAAUCGCCAGCCAGAAACGAGUCGUCCAGAUCUGCAAGUCUGACAACAAUGGCCUGGGCAUCUCCAUCAAGGGUGGACGGGAAAACAAAAUGCCAAUCCUCAUAUCCAAGAUUUUCAAGGGCAUGGCAGCUGAUAUGACGGAGAAUCUGUAUGUUGGAGAUGCAAUCCUCUCAGUGAAUGGGGAGGACCUGAAGGAGGCAACACAUGAUGAGGCAGUGAGGGCACUGAAGAGAGCCGGCAAGGUGGUAACACUGGAAGUGGUCCCCUCCUUCUAUAUUACAGUCAAGUAUCUACGAGAGGUGACCCCCUAUUUCCGCAAGGCCUCGGUAAUGGCCGAUAUCGGGUGGGAGCUUCAGUCUGGAUUUUUAGGGGCUGAGAAUGGGUUUUUGGCCAGCGACGAGGAGAGGCGGUCGCCCGUCAUGACCAAUGGGCCAGACACACGCUCGGUCCCGCUGCUCUUCUGCCACCUCACCAGGAACUUCAAGUGUGAUGAGAGCAACAGCCUGGAGCUCCACUCACCGGACCGGCUGCACAGUCUGGUGUUGCGAUGUCCCCUGGAGGCUGAUGUGGUGAGCUGGUACAAUGCCCUGCACUCCACGCUGGACCGUCUCACCUCAGCUGCCCUCGCCCAUGCCAACAGGGUGCUUGGCGAUGUGCUGGACAAGGCCACCAUUCACCACAUUGGCUGGCUCAAGCUUAAGCUGGACCAGGGCAAGGAUGAGUGGGAGCCCCAGUUCUGUGCUGUGACAGAUCACGACAUGAUACUGUUCCAAGAGGUGCCAUGGACCAAGGAAGCCUGGGCCAACCCCCUCGUCUUCUACCCUCUGCUGGCCACUCGGAUUGUGAACUCGUCCCAGAAGGGGUCCCUGGGCGGCAGCGAGCCCAUCACCAUGACCAUGAGGUGUGGUACUCAGGAGGGCGUGUCCACCAGUGUGUUCCAGCAUGAUACUCACCGGGACUUGGCCACCUGGGUGAAGGUCCUCGUCCAUGGGGCACACACAGCUGUACAGAGGCAGAAGGAGGUGGCUUGCUACUGUGAGUGGCGUGGCGUUGAGGCGAAGCUUGUGCUGCACCACGAGGAAGGUUUUACCCUGCUGGCGACACAUGAGGGGGCAGGCAGUGGCCGGGGCAGGGUGUUGUGGUCACAGCCAUUCCACAAGCUGGUCAUGAGCUCAGAUGAUGGGGCUCGACUCAUCUGGCUACGCUUUGAUGGGGACAUGGAAGUGGAACUGGACCUGAAAACCAACCCCAAGCCAUUUGUGUUCAUCCUGCACACGUUCCUGUCGGCCAAGGUGCACCAGCAGACCCUCACCUCAUGACACAGAGUGGAGCCGCCCGCCGCAGCCAAGACGGUGGGGCCGCUGCUGCCCAGGAAAGCUGGGAACCCAGACCAUCCUGUCAAGGCCAAGCCCACCAGCCUCACCAACCUGACCAAAGUCCCUCGACCUGGCCCGCCCCUCGUGCCCCCCAGACCGUCCGCUCAUGGCGAGGGGCGUCCGCUGAGCCAGUCUGAGCCACGGCUGCCCCUCAGGAUCAGAGGGCAGCCUGAGACAUCGAAGCCUGGACCAGCAGCAGCAGCAGCUGCAGCAGCAGCAGCAGCAGCGGCAGCAGCAGGACCAGGAGGAGCAACAGCAGCAGCAGCAGCAGGAGGCAAACCCAGCUGGGAUGCAAGCUAGGAGGCCAUUCCCAGUAUCAGAAUUGGAGAAGCAGCACCUAGUGUGUCUGGGAGUGGAGAGUGCGGGUUGGAGGUGUGUUGAGAUGGCAGCUGGUUUUCCCCCUAAUAUUAGUGACCACUUCCUACUGUGACCCUGUCCUCCACCCUGUGUGGCAUGGCGAGGGGCAGGGAGUGCUGGCCUGGUGCCCAUGAGAGCCAGGCGUUCUCCUUCCCUCCAUACUGUGGGGUCCACCUGGUGAGUGGCUGAGGAAUACAAGGGAGGAGGCAGAGAGAGUGCCACAGUGCCAGGAUGCUCCAUUACCAUGCAAGACUUGAGUGCACCCUCUCCCUCCUCUUCUCUGGGCACGCUAACUCAGGAAGCAGGAGCUGGUGAGUCUGUUUGGUCUUUGUCACCUUGCUGGCUGCCCUGGCUCACCUCUCGGCUCCCAGUAUAAGAUGGACAACACUACUAUUAUUCAGCCUGAAAUAAGAUUAUUGGUGUUUGCAAGGUGCAAAUGUUACAGAGCCAAGAAAAUAAUUGUGUGAGAAAACAUUAUGUACAGAUUUUUAUUUUUUAUUUUUCCUGCAUUGAUCCCUUCUCUGUGUCCAGGGGAGGGAGGCAGCAGGGAGUUCUUGCCCAAGUGCUUUAGAGUUGUUGUGUUUCCCUUGUGUGGUGUUUUGGGAGUCCUCGUCACGUGGAGCCUAAUUUCGAGUUUGUAAUAUUACGUAUGUUCGUAACGAUGGGACCGACACACAGGUUUAUUUUUGUUGUGGGUGAGUUUCAGUGCAAGUCCAAUUCGUUGUUUGUGACGAAGUUAUUGAGUUUAGCUUUAGGUCCAUGAGUCAUGAAGUGUUUCAGUAAACAGAACAUAACGAACAUAAGAGGCUUUAGUCCAGAACAGAUGCAAGGGAUGCUUGUGACACGUCUUGCUUGCUUGCCUGCCUCUGUAGCAGGCAGGUUUGUUUCGUGUUUGCCAGUCCUUAAUGGGUGCAUCACUCCACUCUCUGCUACUGAGGUGUUCUCCUCAACAUGAACCAAGCAAACCAAGAUGAAUGUUGUGCAUCUUUGUGUUUGUUUCCCUGAGGCUGAGCAAACCGUCGGUUUCCCCCAGACUGCAAGCUGUAGUGAGUGUUGUGACAUUAUCAAGCAUGUGAAUUGUGAUGAAGACCCUUAAUUUCGCCCUGUCACAUUUGCUCUGUCCAGGCAGGUGCUACAAUGUCAGUCCAGGGGUGUGAGGGUGUGUGUGGUGCGUGUGUGUGUGUGUGUGUGUGUGUGUGUGUGUGUGUGUGUGUGUGUGCGUGUGCGUGUGCGUGUGUGUGUGUGUGUGGUGAUGGUGCAGAGUGUCAUGCGCUGAUGUGUGUGUGUGCUCACUAAAGGAAAAAGAGGAACUGUAAAUAAUACAAGAUCAAAAGUUGUCUGUGCAGCUUUCAUAAUGCACAGCAAAUUAUUGCAGUUUCUUGCCAAAUUCUUUGCUCUUUAAGGUACUGUAAAGAUAAUUCUACUGUGAAAGCAUCAUAUCUUAGCUAGUUCAUUCAUUGUCGGUCAUGAAUGUUGUUUUUCUAAUUAACUCGUACUAACAUCACCGCUUGAGGUGAAACUUUCUUGUGUCUGACUAGCAGGAAUGAAAUUUUUCUUGCAUUGUGGCUGCUGUUCCAAGUUCGUGCUAGUGGCUGUCCUUGGGAGGGAUCCUGUUCCUAACCAAUCACAUAUCAAGGGAGACAGAGACAGUGUGCCUCUCAGCUCCCUGCUCUCACUGCAUGCCUCAGUCCUGCCACAUGGGGACUGACUGACUCACCCAGAGACCCAGGGAGUCUUGGCUUGAUCUGGCAGUGAAAAAGAUGAUGGAGAAAUCUUUAAGUAUCUAUGUCCUUGCUCAGAGGGUCAGCUGCCUGGCCACUUCCUUGAGUCUUGGGGCAGCUUGACCUGUCAGUGAAAAAGAUGAUGUGGAAAUCUCUACUGUCUUGAUCUGUCAGUCAGUCGGUCAAAGAUGACGGGGAAAUCUUCACUAAGUGUCUGUCUCCUUGCUCAGAGGGUCGUUGUGCAGUGAUGGUGUUGAGGCCAAGACCAAGAGGUGUGCGUUAUUUUUAGGUGCAGAAAUUUUUAUUUUGGAUCCUAAUAUAUUGUCAAGUUAUAUCUUCACAUACUACAUUGCUUAUUCAUCUUCCAUUUAUAUAUCUGUUUAUGAGAACCAAAUACUAUUUCACAUAAGCAUUUGUUAUAGUUCUGCCUAAUAUAUAUAUACGUCUUGUAUUUAUGUAUAUAUUGCAUUUGUGUGUGGGUGUGGAUUGUGUAUGUGUGUAUGUGUGUGUUAAUGUGAAUGUGGGAGAGUUUGAGUGGAGAUUGUUAUAAGUGGAUAGUGAGCUUUAUAUGAUUCUUUCUCCACAAGUGUUUUGUUAAUUUCUAGAAAAUAGUCAUUCAUUGAAAGCUAAUACCAUUUGUUUUGUGUUACUGGAAUAUGCAACACAAGGAGUGAAAAGCAGGUGAUAUAUUUUUUGUGAAGCCUUGAAAUUGUGUACACUAAUUGAAAAAUGAUGAGUUUAAUUGAUGACAUUGUGUAUUUAGUGAGGUUUCUGUUUGGCAAGACUUUUAUAUGCAUCUCAGUGAUGUGCAAAUUCAGUACAACAGCAUUCAGUAUUAUCGUUUGUUGGCCUGAGUUUUGCAAGUGCAUGGAAAGAGAACUAAUAGAUGGAAAGUGUGUGUGUGUGUGUGUGUGUGUGUGUGUGUGUGUGUGUGUGUGUGUUGUCUUAAUCUUUAUCUGAUGGUUUGUCCCUGUCUGUGUUGUGUGCCUCUGAGCAAGCAGUCCAGCCAUUUCCUGCCUUUUUGAAACAUUUUGGCAAACAAUCUUCCAGAUGUAUUACUCAUCCUGAGGUGUAGGAGCCUGGACCACUGGGCUAAGACUUGUGUGUGCAUCCCUGUGAGUGCAGUGUAUGAGGGCUGCAAUAAACCAUUUACCUGGGUGGACAGGAAGCAUUGUGGUCGCAGGGUCAGAAAAGCUACUACUACCACUCAUUUGCACGUGAUUCAAGUCUUCACAGAGGUGGCCGUGUUAAGUGAUUCGGUCACAGGGUCAGAAAAGCUAGUACUACCACUCCUUUGCACGUGACUCAAGUCUUCACGGAGGUGGCUGUGUUAAGUGUACGUGAUCCAAAAGGUGUUCUAUCUGCAUGACGGUGUGAAUGUUGUACUAUACUACUGUCUUGGUGUUUACACAGACCUGCAGUGCACAGCCAAGCUAGUCCAGCACACUGAUAGGGCAGGGGGAAUGCACUACCUGUGACCCAAGGCAACCCUAGUUCUGCAUUGUCAUCUCCCUCUUAGAAUUUUAUACUGUUUGUUGUGAGGGUGCAAAGGGAGCCAGUGAGAGUCCUUAUGUUGGUGGUGUUCUCUUGCAUCGCUUGUGUUCUGUCGGCCAAUGUUGUACUGCAAGUUGUCUUAAAGAGUCCACUUGUUUCCUUGGGUGCGUUGUUGCCACCUCAGUGAUUGUGAGGAAAGAAUUGCAGCCCAUACAUGCUUCCCCUGUGGGUGUUUGUUGUCUGUGAAAGGAGCGACACAAGUGAUGGAGAGAUGGCUUGGGAAGGAAAGGAUUCUUGCGUGAGGCGUCUCCUCCACGUCUGUGUGUGCGUGUGUCUGUGUGUCAGCGCUGGUGUUGCCGGUCCCACGUGUGUAUGUGUGCUUUGGGCGAUUGCCUUUUCUAUCUUUGAAUACUGUUAGCUGAAGUUUUUUGGUACAUAUUAUACUGAGGUUUAGAGUCAACACCUGACAUUUGUAGUACAGUUGUGUGUGAAAAAUUUCCAAGCUGGUGUUCACUUUGAUUAGUUAAUUUUUUUUAAUGAUUUCUUGCCACUCUGGUCUAGGAAACAUGAAGUUGCUGCAUUGUAUGGAGCUGUAUUGCAUUGCACACCUUUGGCAACCUGCUUGUAGUUUGUACCUUUGCACUUUUAUGAAGCCAAGUCAGAGCACCUUUGGUUUAGCUGUUAAGUCCCACAGAGGUCAGACCUGUAUGUGAGUCAGCCAGUGUUAGCUCACCAACAAGAUACAAACUUUGACCACCCAGUUUUUGCGGUGGUGUAGAUGUUCACGUGGCCACAGCAUAGGCCUGUAUUCUGAAACGCUUUGCUCUCUCACCACAUUUAUUUCCAGAGGCCACAGAGAUGAUUUGACGGGUUCUUGAGAGUGUUUAUCAUGUUAAUAAUGUAGAAAUGUUGCCAACCUGUCACUAGAACCAUAAAAACACCCUUAAAAACCAAUGUCACUUCAACUAGAACCUUCUGAAUGUAGUGGAGGUGUGGUGCAGAAGUGUUUCAGAAUAUAGUUCAUAGUCCCACAACAACAUUUUUGUAGUCCAGUGUGUGUGUAGGGUAACUCAGCACAAGUAGUGUAGGUCAGGGCUGGCUGUAGAGGGCAUUUCACUGCUCUCGUUGGGCAUUGGGGGGUGGGGAGAGUGAGUCCUUACCACGACAAUCAUGCGACAUCUGAUGCAGUGUGACCUGUUGACCUGUUUCUCUCAUUGGCGUUCACUAUGCACUGGUGUUAGUGAGGCGGUGUCUGUUUGCACACUUGUCACUUGAGAUCCUUCCUCCUGCAGUUUGUUGUUGAUUUGAAGUUUUGUGUUAAUGUUUUCUUUCAUCUCUGUUGCCUCUCCUCUACAGCUGUUGUCUCUUUCCCAACACAUAAGCCUUGUCUUUGAAAAUGUAUCCAGGAGAGAGAGUUGUGUAGCUUAGCAUGGAAAGCAAGAGGUAAUUAGUCCUAGAAUAACCUUAAGACGGAGCUUCCACGAAUCUUUUCCAUGCUAAGGCCGGCAGUGAGUGGAUGAGUGUGAGGGAAGGAACCAGUAGCAAAAAUAAAAACUGGGCAUGGAAAUUAUUAAUGAAUUUAGAAGGCAUUGCAUUCAUUAUUCUGCUGUUUGAUGAGAAACUUUUUAGAGAACUGUUGAGUUCGUUUUUUAGGUAAAUUGGAAAGGUGGUGUAAAAAUUAGAUGUACAAUUGUUAGGAUGGAUAGUAGAAGUAGACAUGCGUUCAGAGCCAGAUGUACAAUCAUGGAAAUGGAUGACACUGUAUAUAUACUGUGAGAAUGAGUGUUGGUCGCUUGUACGAGGUCAGUAAUCCGUUACGUCAGAGGUGCUUUGAAAGGGAAAUUUGUAUGUAGCACUACAGGUGUGGGAGGAAAGUAGAUGACAAAGUAUGCCAGUGAAAUGAAGUGACAUGACAAUCAGCAUCUGAGAGUAUGAGGGAUGUCAGGCAGUCAGUCACCUGCACAUUGCAUCUCAGCGGUUAAUUUUCCGAUAUAAUUAAGCAGAGAAAAAAAAAAAAACAAAUGUGAUGUUUUGCAUUGGUAGUAUUUUGGUCAUAGCAGAAGUGAUGGGGGGAUAAUGGUGGCAUCAGUGUGUUAGUGAAACAACAGCAGGCCAUCAUUCUUGUUGAAUUGGUGACUGCUUGUUUUUGAGGAAUAUUUCAGUUCAGGUUGUGUCCCUUGGCAGAAGUGAUGGGGGUAGUGGAGUAUUUUUACUUAUUUAUUUUUUUUUAUGUAAGAGGGGCACUGGCCAAAAGGUGUCAGGGGUUAACAGAAGAACAAAUACUGUUGAAGUGAUAACUUUUUGUCUGUGUAAUAUGUUUGCAAUAGUCUUGUUUGAAAUUAUGUGAUUUGUAUGUUUUUUUUUUUUUCCAUUUGGUUCUUUUUUUUUACUCAUCCUUUUGUGUUUAGAAAUAUUUGUCAUGCUCAGAAGUGUUGUUGGUGAUGAUUGGUGACUACUGUGGUGAAAUUAUUUGAGGUAGUUCAAAAUUGUGGUAUUUUUACGUGCCAUUCAUUGUAGUUCAUUAAGAUGAAUUUGUUGUAUUGAUUGCUUUGUGGUUUUGUUUAUUGAUCCUUCAGACCACAAGAUUUAUUAUCAUUAUUAUUACUAUUAUUGUGAAUUUUUUGGGUUUCUAUGGAGUGGGGGAAAGAUAGAGUGAGGAAACAAGUAUUACAGAAAAUGCUAGGGUGUGUGAAUAGAGGUAGCCUUGAUGAGUGUUUUGAAGACACAUGGGAAACUGGUAGCCAAGGCUUUGAAAUUGAGAGAAAAAAAAGAGAAUAUUAAAUUGUAUAACUGCUGGUUGUUAUUAAAGAAAGUGAGUUACAUUUUAACCAUGUGGUGUUAAAAAAAUAAAAAUCUGUGGUUGUGUCAGCUUGUAAUGAAGAGGUGUGUUUGUGUGUGCGUGUGUGUGAGGCCGCGUUUUAACCUUUCACUGUUUUCAGAGGGAUUACCCAACUUUGUCAUUGAUGUUAAGGGUCAGGAACAUCACCUAGUACUACCACUACUUCUAAAACGUACUAACUAUUGACUACUGACCACUACUGUAUCAUCUUGGGGGUUACCGUCACUGUACGUCGCUGCUGAGGUUACCUUGUAAGACCCUCGUCCUGCUGAACUAAGAUACAUAUACCCGCUUAAUGGAAGACCGAAGACUACCAUUCAUCUCCCUGCUGAUGUCACAGACGCCAGGUGACGCCAUCCACCUACCAUCCGGGACUGUGUGGGUGGAUGCUGGUGGAUGGUAGUUGCUCGUAGGUGUCUGGGUGUCCGCUGGCCCAAGAGGUGAGGUACCGUACACUACACUACUACCGUGAUUGUUGCUUCGCUCACCGUCAGGCUUCAACAGUGUACUACUAAAUAUCGGUGUUCAUUGGUGUUUUGGGAGUGAGAAGACAAGCAGGGUGCCCAGUGUCUUGUCUGGGAUUACAGUUGAGAAGUGGAGGCUUGAAAUAAAUGACACUAUUUUCUCUUA